AUGUUACCAUUCACGAAUAUCAUUAGGCAGCUGCUUGCUCCAUCACCAGUCAGACCCAUAUUCAAUGCAACUCCAAGACUAAUAACACCUGCUACGAUUGGUGCGUUAUACCAACCAUUGAGAACAUUCAAGGUAAGAACAUCCGUAAAAAAGUUUUGCAAAGACUGCUAUUUGGUAAAGAGAAAAGGAAGAGUGUAUGUUUAUUGUAAGUCCAAUGGUAAACACAAACAAAGACAAGGAUAG